AUGCUUUUACUCGAUCGCUUACCUUUUACGUGUCGUGCCAUUACUUUUGUUACUUACGUUCUACUGGGCUCAAAAGUGACCCCCUUGCCUUGUUCCAACGCCGGUCAUCGUCAAUAUGCAGCCACCGAUACGCUCACUCGACUAAUUCGGUUGGAAGCUGAGCAGGUGAACAGCUCCUUGAUUGGUCCAUGCUGUAGGCGACCGACCUCCAUGUCUUCGAUCUGA